AAGCAGUAAGCCUGAAAGUUUCCUGUCAAUCUUACAUGACGAUGAUGUUUCGAUAUCCUAGGGACAAGGCCAGAACCGCAAUCAAUCCAUCCAUCACAUCCUUUGAGCCCUUUCACAAUGUCUAGUCCCAGUCCUCAGCUGUCGGUCGCUGUUGUGGGCGCAGGUAUUGCAGGUCUGGCAGCAGCUAUUGCUCUUUCAAGGGCAGGACAUUCGGUGGAGCUCUACGAAAAGUCCAGAUUUCGUAAUGAGACGGGUGCAGCCAUCAUAAUAGGACCGAAUGGCUCGAGAGUAUUGUCCAAAUGGGGCUUCCACUUCGACAAAGCUGGAGCAAUGGACUACACCCAGGUGCGGAGAAUAAAGGCCGACACUCUCGAGAUCGACUCGGAAGAGUAUUUCACGGACAUCAAAGACAAAUAUGGAGACCGAUGGCUGCUCUUCCACCGUGCAGAUCUCCAUGCAGGUCUCAAACAGCUUGUCGAGGCUCAACAGCCUCCAACCAAAGUCCAUCUUGGGAACGCCGUUGUCGAUGUCGAUGUCGAUAGCGGAAUCCUCAAGCUCUCGAGCGGCGAGACUGUCAAGAAAGAUCUGGUAAUCAUCGCCGACGGUGCACACAGCGACCUCAUCUCCAGAGUCAUUGGCCGAGACUAUCCGGUAUCCAAAUCUCCAAUGUCAAUGUAUCGUUUCCUAAAACCGUUCGACCGGGUCCUCGCUCACCCUGAAGCCGGACAAUUCUACCAUGGUCAAAAGUCCGGCUUUACGACCUUCUACAAGACAGCGGUGGGUCGGCCCGGUCUUCUCCUCAAUACUUACCCGUGUCGUGGCGGGGAACUACUAUAUUGUGCCCUGGUGCAUCCCACCAAACCGAAGGAAAAGGGAAUUGAAGGCUGGGACUCACCAGCGGAAUAUCAGGACGUUAUAUCCGAUGCCCAAGGAUUCCAUCCUGCAGUGCAGGCGAUCUGCGAGGACGCGACCGACGUCAAGGUGUACACGCAAAUGUGGCGGGACCCUAUUGAACGCCUUUCCAAAGGCAAGGCCAUCUUAAUAGGCGAUGCUGGUCAUCUUAUGCUGCCUACACACGGUCAAGGAGCCAGCAUGGCACUGGAAGAUGCUCUGGCACUAGAGGUCCUGUUCAAGGGAGUCACCUCGGGCGCGGACGUGGAGAAUCGGGCUCAAGCAUUCGACAAGCUACGCAUUCCUCGCGUGAGUGCCGUGCAAAGCAUGUCAAAUAAGAUGAUGGGUCCACCUGACAAGAUGAUCUCCGAGGUCAAGCGGUAUUACGACGGGCCUAUACCCGGUCCCAAAGCAAAGACCUUUUCUCAGGAAUAUAACGAUUUCUUCUUUCUGUAUGACAUUGAGAAAGAAGCAGGAAAGGUCUUGGCCGCUUGAUUUCCGGUCAAAUAUGUGGAAAAUAUUCCUUGAGCGGCACGAUCUUCCUUCCGCCGACUGGAAUAAUGACAGUUCGCCCCCAGGAACUAUGCAGAUUAGACCAAUGCAGUCAUUGAGACUAGAAUUAUGCCAAUGAUCUAUUCAAAGUGACGAGAGAUUCCUUGAUAAGCCAAUCCCGUUCACAUCGACGGCUACGUGGUUGUGGGAGCCUUUCGCAUCGGGUGACCAUCCACAUCAGCAUCA